GAAAGUUUCUCCCAGAUGCAGAAGACAUCAGCACUGAUCAACAUGUCUCUCACCUCUCUGCUCCUGGCCGAGCUUCUGCUGGUCACCACGGUAACAGCUUCACACUUCUAUGGGGGCUCAAUGACCUUCAACCCAAGAAGGAAUAACGAUGGAUCUUACAAGGUUGAGCUUCGCUUCAAGACAACCUACCAUUCCUGUUAUGGAUAUGAUUACUGGUCGUGCAUCUCUGGAGACUGUGGAAAUGAUGUCAGUUCUGUGAUUGGUCAAGUAGAUUCAAGUCCAAAUGGUGACAAUUGGUGUCAGUCUGAGGGAGUGAUAACAAAGAUAGUUUCCACCAACAGCCCAUUCCAGCUCCUCAAAAGUGGUUGCUGCUGGAUCUACAACACUGUCACAAAUUCUGGAGACUGGAGUCUUCUCACUUACAUUGACCUUGGUGUGAGAUCAGACACCUCAGAGCCCAACCGAUCACCAAUAACAACCACCCUACCAUUUGUCAGAGUUCCUCAAAACUGUCCCAGGAGGUACAAUCUUUUAGCCUUUGAUCCUGAUGGUGACCAUGUCACAUGCAGAUUUGGACUCAGACAAAACAUGGAGUGUGGAAUCUGCAACCAACCUGCUGGUUUUACAUUGGAUGAGCAUAACUGCACUCUGUCAUAUUCACACACAUUGGUCCUUGGAAGUUAUUCAUUCGAGCUGGUGCUGGAAGACUUCCCCACUCAAAAGAUUACUCUGUCCUACACCAAUCAACCUUUAAAAGAAAUAUCUCCACGCAUUGCCAUCAGAAGCCGACGUUCUGUAACAUCUAUAGUAUCUCAAAUAACCAUGACAUCACCCACAACAACCACUACAUCAUGGACGACAACAACCACUACAUCACCAACAACAACAACUACAUCUCCGACAACAACAACUACAACAUCACCGACAACAACAACCACUACAUCACCGACAACAACAACCACUACAUCACCAACAACAACAACUACAUCACGGACAACAACAACUACUACAUCACCGACAACAACAACCACUACAUCACGGACAACAACAACCACUACAUCACCAACAACAACAACAACAUCACCCACAACAACCACUACAACACCUACAACAACCACUACUACAUCACCGACAACAACUACUACAUCACCAACAUCAACAACUACUACAUCACCGACAACAACAACCACUACAUCACCGACAACAACAACCACUACAUCACCAACAACAACAACUACAUCACGGACAACAACAACUACUACAUCACCGACAACAACAACCACUACAUCACGGACAACAACAACCACUACAUCACCAACAACAACAACAACAUCACCCACAACAACCACUACAACACCUACAACAACCACUACUACAUCACCGACAACAACUACUACAUCACCAACAUCAACAACUACUACAUCACCGACAACAACAACUACUACAUCACCGACAACAACAACCACUACAUCACCGACAACAACAACCACUACAUCGCCGACAACAACUACUACAUCACCGACAACAACAACUAUUACAUCACAGACAACAACAAUCUCUACCUCACCGACAACAACUACAUCAACGACAACAACCACUACAUCACCAACAACAACCACAACUUCACCAACAACAACCACUACAUCACCAACAACAAUCACAACAACACCUACAACAACCACUACAUCAACAACAACAACCACAACAACACCUACAACAACCACUACAUCACCAACAACUACAACAUCACCAACAACAACCACUACAUCACCGACAACAACCACAACAACACCUACAUCAACCACUACAUCACCAACAACUACAACAUCACCAACAACAACCACUACAUCACCAACAACAACCACAUCAUCACCAACAACAACCACUACAUCACCAACAACUACAACAUCACCAACAACAACCACUACAUCACCAACAACAACCACAACUUCACCGACAACAACCACUACAUCACCAACAACAACCACAACAACUCCUACAACAACCACAUCAACGACAACAACCACAACAACACCUACAACAACCACUACAUCAUUAACAACAACAACACUUACAACAGCCACUACAACACCUACAACAACCACUACAUCAACAACAACAACCACAUCAACACCUACAACAACCACUACAUCAACAACAACCACAACAACACCUACAACAACCACUACAUCAACAACAACAACCUCAACAACUCCAACAACAACCAUUACAUCGCCUACAACAACCACUGCAUCAGCUGCAACAACUUCACCACUGAGCACAAUACCUCUUCAGUUCUCUCUGAAAGUUGAUGGUCCGGCACCAUCAUGCACUGAGGGUGAAUAUCUACCACGGUUUCUUCACCCAACUCCUCAUCAUGGAGAACAACUUCAGGCUCGUGUAAAUCAAGAGCUUGAGAUCAGAGUGAAAGCUGUUGCAUCUUUUUCUAGAAUCGUUGAUGUCAUCAUUAGUGGACCUCUGAACAGCACAAAGUACAAAACCACCACUGAGGAAUAUGUGAUUAACUGGACACCAACUGCAGAAAACUACGGCCAACAUUUUCCAUUUUGCUUUAUCGCAGAAGGACAAUAUGGACUUGACAUUUACCACUCUGAGAUGAGGUGUGUUGUUGCAAAGGUUGAUGCUAAAGGACCUGAGACGAGUGUAACCUGUACUGAAAACUCAAUGUCGGUGACAAUUAAGAGAUCCUCCAUCAAAAACCUCAGCGGUGACCACUUGAGACUGAUAAAUCCAUCUUGUCUGGUUUACACCAACACUACCCACCUGUUCACCAACACACUUCUAAACGACUGUGGCACUCAGAUUGAGGAGAACAAUAAUGAACUCAUCUUCAAGAAUAAAAUCAUUACAUUCGAUGAUCCCAGAGACAUUAUAACCAGGAGGGAUAACCUAGAAAUUGAAAUCCUGUGCAAAUACCAGAAAAGGAGCAACGUUACGCUGGAGUUCGAUACUCACAGACCGCCAAUCAUCAUCUCAGAAAAAGGUUUUGGAACAUUCAACUAUCAGUUUGAGUUUUAUGCUUCUGCAGAUUUCCAGAACAGCAGGGGUCCAGAAUCUUACCCGCUUGAGUAUGAUGUGGGCGAUAAGAUCUUCAUGAAGAUCGAGCCCGUCACUUCAGUCCUAAACACUGAGAUCUUCCUCGAGACGUGUGUGGCUACACCUUACGAUAAUCCCAACUACCCCAUCUCCUACCCCAUCAUCCAGAACGGAUGCAUUGUGGAUGAAACAGUUCAGUUUUCUCCAGCCACCAACCAUGUCCAGUUUGAAAUGGAGGCCUUCAAAUUCAUUGGGUUCCAUGACCAGGUGUUCAUCAGCUGCUCAAUCAUCAUCUGUCAGGUCAACAAUCCCAACACCCGCUGCUCUCAGGGCUGCAUCAACAGCACAGUCUCUCCACCGGCCCACCUCCAUCGCAAAAGAGAGGCUCCCAUCCAGACCGGCAGUCACUUCAUCUCCCAGGGGCCCCUGCGGCUGAAGAGGAGCGCAUCACAGGUCACCGCAAGCCCGGGUCUGAAUCUGAACCUUGUUGUCGUCGCUGUUGGUCUUUUGGCAACAGUAGCCAUGGUGUGUGGAGUGAUCGUCUACAGAGCCCGAGCGCAAAGAAUCAGAUACCAACCUGUGCCAUCGCACGACUUUUAGUCACGUCAGCUCUGUUGUUUCUUUAUUUUUCAAAACAUGCUAUAUUUUCCUUUAUAAACAGAGAAUUAGAAUUGGUGUGCUUUGAAAGAGUUCUUAUGUGAGUUGUUGGUCAAAGUGUGUCAUAAAAGUGGAAUAUAUCAGCAAUCAAACUUUAGUUUGGGGACCGUACUAUUAACUGUUAACUGUUAAUUUGCUACAUAUUAGUAGUUGUUGAGUUUAUUUAGGUAAGGUUAAGAGAUCUAAAAUAUUGUCAUUCAAAAUAUGGCAUCAAUAUGUGCUAAUAAAUACUAAAAACAGCCAAUAUGUUUGUUAUAAGCAACUAGUUAACAGUGAAAAUUGGUCCAUAUCUGAUUAAACACCUUGAACAACUGUACCAUUUAUAUAGUAGCAAAUGUUUGAUAAUUAGCAUCAUUACUACAGUCUCCAGCGUCACAUGAUCUGUCAGAAAUCCUUCUAAUAUACUGAUUUGCAGCUCAAGAAACAUUUGUAAUUAUUUUCAAUACUGAAAAGAGUUUUGCUGCUUAAAAUUUGUGUGGAAACAUUAUACACUUUGUAUUAGUGCCUUUGCCAAAUAAAAUAUAUUAAUUUCUCAAAAAUAAAUUACUACACCCACAUUUUUUGAUUGAUUGAUUAGAUAAUUAUGUUCCAUAAAAGUGCAAGGGCAAUGCAUUAGUAAGAACUGACAUAUUAAAUAUAUGGAACAUUUUACUUUACACUAUGUGAAUGGAGUUGAUAAGUCGGUUUUGAUUCCUGUGAAUUAUAUAAAAAUAUUAAACUAUCCAUUUUAGUCAUCAAUUUACAACCAAUUCAAUUCAGUUAUUUUGUGUAAUUACUACAACCUGCACAUAAGUCACUAUGAGGUUUUUCUGAUGCUUUUACAAUUUUAGAUGAUGAUAAAUACACAUUUUAUAUUUAUCGCUGGUGUGUAUUGGUAUUUCUUUAAGGGGGAAUAUAUGGAAACAGUGCCUUGUUUCUUUUAAACAACAGUGUUUACUGCAUUUUACAUUCUGCAUUAAACAUUUUGAUUCA